AUGGGAGGAGUUAUCGUUAAUGAUGAGGAAUUAGGUUUUGAUUUACCAUAUUCAUCAACAUCAUCAAAUGGAGCUGCUGCUGAUGUUCAUCGAACGGUUGUAUUGGUCGGUAAAACUGGAAACGGCAAAAGUGCAACCGGGAACUCCAUAUUGGGGACAAAAGCCUUCAAUUCAAAGACUAGCUCAUCCGGUGUUACACUUACUUCUCAAAUAAAAGAAUCUCAGUUUCCAGACGGUCAAACUCUUGCCGUUAUUGAUACACCUGGAUUAUUUGAUAGUUCACUUAACCAUGAAACUAUUGCAAGUGAAAUAAUCAAAUGCUUCGAAAUGGCUAGUGCUGGUGUUCAUUCUAUCCUGGUGGUUUUUUCUCUGAGAAGUCGGUUUUCUAAGGAAGAAGUAGCCGUUAUUCAUUGUCUCAAAGAACUUUUCGGA